UGAAAGGACCACAUACGGAGAUGAUGCUGGAGCGCGUGAUAGGCGUUCAUUUGAUUCGCUGUAAGACCUGGUUACGAUAGUAACAUUUAGAAAUGUGUUUAACUGUAUUACGCUUUGGUAUAGGGAAGCGAUGGUACAUUAAUUUAUAAAAAAAUAUAUAGCUAUUCGUUUAAUAACGCGAUAAGGCGUUUUGCAAUUAAACCACUAAUCCUUUUUAAAAUCUAUGCUUUUGGUUGUCUUAAAUAGUACUAAAACGCAUUCAUUUCCUAUCCUUAAAAGUGUAGUUUUGCAAAAUGUUAACUAGGAUUUGUCGUACAAAAAUAUAUCAAGAAAAUGAAGAAUCUCUUACAUAUUAGAAGGUGCGGCCCUGUGGAAACUGAUGCAAUUAUUCUAGAUAAAUGACCGUGAACGCAAGUGCUCAGAAAUUAGUAAUACAUCUCAUUUAAAUUCGUGGCGGAUUGGUUGUCACGUAAUAAUAGUAGUGAUACCCAUACUUAAAGAUAAAUAUAUAUUGCUCUGAUUUAAGUUUUCGAUUAAAUCGAGCCUAAGAUGGGUUUCAUACCUGACGUGUGGUAAAUAUCUGGAAUAAAUAACUUUUAAAAGAAUCGUCGGUAGCACCGCGAGAACAACCUGCGGGUGAUGCUCCAUCAUAGUACAUCAGCACCAAGCAGUAGUUUUCCUACAUGCCUAUCGUCUGCAAUGAAAAGUAUGCGUGCUUUUAGAUUUUUGGCUAUGUGAUUUCGCCGUACACUUUUAUAUUUUUAUUUUUUGCAAGAAGAAAGCGUUUGGGGAAAGGGUAAUUGCGCUCGGGGAAGGCAAGGUGCCGCCGGCAAGCAUGCCUACUUCACGCUCCGGCGCCAGCGCAGCGGAAUACUGGGUCGACGGCUCGCGGCGAGACGCCUCUAUAGAGGAUUUCUACAUCAUGGGCCCGGAAUUAGGAAGGGGGGCCACGUCUGUGGUGUUCCGGUGUGAAGAGAAGCAGACAGAGAAACUCUACGCUUCUAAGAUACUAAAGAAAACGAUUGACAAGAAAAUAGUGCGGACUGAGAUUGGUGUUCUGCUGAGACUCUCCCAUCCGAAUAUUAUCCGCCUGAAGGAGAUCUUCGAGACAGAUACCGAGAUCGCUCUGAUCCUGGAGCUGGUGACCGGGGGCGAACUCUUUGACAGGAUUGUGGAAAGAGGAUACUACAGCGAGAGGGAUGCUGCUCACGUUAUCAAGCAGAUCCUGGAGGCGGUUGCGUAUUUACAUGAGAAUGGAGUGGUACACCGGGACCUGAAACCAGAGAACCUCCUCUAUGCUGACCUUUCCCUGGAUGCCCCUCUGAAGAUAGCGGAUUUUGGCCUCUCCAAGAUCAUAGAUGACCAAGUGACAAUGAAAACAGUAUGUGGUACUCCUGGGUACUGCGCUCCGGAAAUCCUCAGAGGCAGCAGCUACGGCCCGGAGGUGGACAUGUGGUCCGUUGGAGUCAUUCUCUACAUACUGCUUUGUGGGUUUGAACCAUUUUUCGACCCAAGGGGAGACCAAUACAUGUACAGCCGCAUCCUUAACUGUGACUACGAAUUUGUCUCCCCCUGGUGGGAUGAAGUUUCCUUAAAUGCCAAGGACCUGGUCAGCAAACUGAUCGUCUUGGACCCCCGCAAGCGUCUGACGGUUCAGCAGGCCCUGCAGCACCCGUGGGUGCUGGGGAAAGUGGGCCGCUUCUCGCACAUGGACACCACGCAGAGGAAGCUGCAGGAAUUCAACGCCCGGCGCAAACUGAAGGCUGCGAUGAAAGCAGUGGUGGCCACCAGCCGCAUGCACGAGGGAUCCCGGCGACGUACUGACAGCUGCGAAAGCCCCGGGUCCGACAAGACCCCUCAGGAGAAGAGCGCGCAAAAGAAGUCAUCCCCGGACUGCCGGAGUCAGCAGAGUCACACCAAAGACACUCCUGGCCUCACUGAUGAAAAGGCUCCACCGCCAAGUCAGUCCACCCCGCUAAUUCAUGCUCUUCCACAAUGCAGCCCAAUGAAACCCGCUGCCCGUCUGCUGCCUGCAGGAUGCCCUCCUGGCCUCCCGCCCACCCGGCCGCCCCUGAAACCAGACGGACUCAAACAACUGUCCGUCAUCCCUAAAACUGCAAUCGUACGGCCCCGAAUGACAGCAAAGAGCUGCUCAGUCUCUCCGAUGGACAAGCGGGAGCCCUCCCCAGUCCUACCUACCCCCCCGAGCCCCAGGAAUAUCAGCAAUGGCUUUAUGGUGGAGGUAGAGACCAGCAACAAGACAACUCAGUGUCAGUGACUGUGAGCGCUGCAGGAAUCGUAAGGAAACGGGGACUCAUUUCGGGACAGGAGGUCAAAGAUACAUCAUGGUAAUGUCAGGAGGAAUAAACGCUGUUCUGCCCACUUCCUGUGUAAACUGAUUCACCAAUGACAGUUUCAGACAUCGUCAUUUUUUGUUCCAAGUGGUGAUUUCUGGAAGGCGGCCAUUGCUGCCAGUUAACGUCCUUGCCACCAUCAAAUAUUCUCUCUAUUUUUUUUUUUGAGGACACCCUCAACAGCAAUUCCAAUCAGUUUGGCAUUUAACAAUAGUCUUGGCACUUCCUUUCCUCUUCUUAAGCAUUUGCACACUAAAGACAGAAACGUCUGACAUAUAUAAAUAGAAUAAAGGUGUCUAUUUCUUUUUGUAAUUACAGUAGAAGAACUUGUUUUUAUUGUGAAUGCCAUUCAACGCAAAAAUGCUCUCUGACACUCUUCGUCCUUCAUGUAUCUCCUUUAGUCCACAUAAUUUGUUUUUCGGGGUGAGUGAAAUUCACAUGCAACGGCUUUGGGUCCUUGUCAUGAUUCUUCCUCUACAUAGAGAUACGUCGUUAGAUCCUGGAUACAGGACAGUCUCCUGUUUAAAGAGACACUACAGAUGUCAUGAGAUAUAUUUUCAAAGGAGACAGUUAUACGUCGAACUGACAACAUUACCCUUUAUUUUAAUUCACUAUCUACCUCGUAACUGCAUUGGAAUCUCAAAAAUGGAGUGCUGGUCAUUUGAUUUAAUUCGAUACAUUUUCCAAAGUCACACUUUUGAUCUCCAUCUCCAUAUGUUUUCUAUCAAAGGGCUGCACACAGUUGGACCCCAGAUAUAUAGCAAACGUUGAAUCUGUCCCCAGUUGGGAAGUUCAGAUCUCCUUGGCUAAUUUGUUCAUGCUGUCGCUCACCAGACAGUGAGAGUAUAAUUGCUAAACAAGAGAUUUGUAAAAGUAACUGAAGCAUUGAUAGCAAUGGACAGAGGACAAUUUAAAAGGAUAAUAAUUGGCUAAAUCUUUACUAUAAUAUAUGAAUAUAGAUUUUACCAGUAUCAUGCUAUGUUUAAAAUAUCGUCACCUUAGCUAAAGUUCGUGCUUGUUAUGAUGUUACAGUGUUAAAUGUUUUGCUUAAUACAAGUGAUGGGUAGUCUGAGAUUUGAGCAUUUUUGAGAUGUAUGAAUGGCGAUGCAGAUUUACCAAUAUCUUUAAUUACCAUACAGCGGUAACCACCUUUAACUUUUUUCCUGAACUUUGAAUAAAUACAUACGUAAAUGACU